GUCUCUCAGAUCACCAAUUCGAAUUAUACGGACUUUAACAAUUCAUUCAAUUCAUUUCUUUCUCUCUAUCAGAUCACUGCAAUCAUAUCAUAUUUUCUUUUUGCAUUUUUGAGAUCUCGGAUCGAUAUAUGCAGAAAUGGGUCGAACCGUUGAGGAGAUCUUCAAGGAUUUCAGCGCCCGUCGCUCCGGGAUUCUCCGGGCAUUAACCUACGAUGUGGAUGAGUUCUACGGUCUGUGCGAUCCAGAGAAGGAGAAUUUGUGCUUGUACGGACAUCAAAAUGAAACCUGGGAAGUGAACAUUCCGGCAGAGGAAGUUCCACCGGAGCUUCCAGAGCCUGUUCUUGGGAUAAACUUUGCCAGGGAUGGCAUGAACCGCAGAGAUUGGCUUUCACUUGUUGCUAUCCACAGUGAUUGUUGGUUGCUAUCUGUUGCAUUCUACUUUGGAGCCCAUCUCACCCAAAACGACAGGAGACAUCUAUUUAACUUAAUAAAUGAUCUGCCUACCAUAUUUGAGGCUGUGCUGGAAAAAAAUCCGGUGAAAGACAAGUCUAAUGCGGAUAGUGGAAACAAAUCUCGAGGAAGCACAAAGAGAACUAGUGAAGGGCAGGCCAAAAACUCGUCGAAGCUGGCAAAUAAAAGUCGCGAAAAAGAUGAAGAAGAACACGGCGAAACGCUAUGUGGGAGCUGCGGAGGAAACUACAACGCCGAUGAGUUCUGGAUUGGGUGCGACGUCUGCGAGAGAUGGUUUCACGGGAAAUGUGUGAAGAUGACGCCGGCAAAAGCUGAGAUUAUACAGCAAUACAAGUGCCCUUCUUGCUGCUUGAAACGGGGAAGACCCUAGUCCCUUACUAAACUUUUCACAUGCAUCUUACAAGAUGAGAUUAAUUAUUCGAUGUUCGGUUGAAUCUAUUCGAGCAGACAGGCCAAGGAUUUUGGUUGCUUUUGAAUGAAGUACAUAUAUAUAGACGUCCCUUAAUAUAGGAAGCUGGGAGUAAUAUGACAGUGAACAUGCAAUUUAUAGGAAUUGAAGUUCCCUAAUUUAUUAGGGAGUAAUAUAUGUAGAAGUUUUGAUCUGAUAUUACAAUAGUUUCCUGCCUGUGAUACAAUAAUAAGCCAACUUCAAGUUUCUUCUUUCA